GAUGAUAAAUACGAACUAUUUAUUGCAAUUCUCACACAUGCCAUUGAACUUUUUGUCCCAGUUAGCAAGAAAAGACUGAGGGAAUCAAAUCUGCCACCAUUUCUGGAACGGCUGUCAAUCAAGAGGGAAAAUGCGUGGGUGAAAGCAAAGACGUCGAACACUGCUGAGUACUGGGAAUCCUUCAAACGCAUUCAAAAACCAGUCAGCAUAACUUCAGUAUUCGCUAGGCUUUUCGAAAAAACAUUGAAAAAACACAUCGUUCUCCACUUAGAAGACCACUCCGUUAUAUCUCCUUACCAACAUGGAUUUCAAAAGGGGAAGUCAACGGUGACGGCAAUGAUACAGGUGCUUAAUGACUGGACGAAGUAUCUUGAUGAAGGCAAGAACGUUGAUGUAAUAUACUUUGACUUCCUCAAGGCCUUUGAUAGAGUACCCCAUGAAAAAUUACUCCACAAAAUGUACGUCGUAGGAAUUCAUCCCCGGAUAAUCGCUUGGCUCAGAUCCUUCCUCUCCGAACGAAAGUUUAUAGUACGUGUCAACUCCUCUUUUUCCAAGCCUAGAAUCGCUCGCAGUGGUGUACCACAGGGAGGUGUCCUUUCGCCGAUCCUAUUUAAUAUUUAUACCUAUGAUUUACUUAAACUUCUCUCUAUGAGUAAUGUCGCUCAGAGUGCGAUACCGAUGCAGUUUCUAGAAUGUCUCGACAGUUGGGGAUCUUGCCACUCUCUACCACGCGGGUUCAAGUCGAAAGUACUGCACCUAGGUAGUCGCAAUGGACAGCACUCUUACACGAUAGACGGCACUAUUCUCAACAGUGUGCAUGAGGUACAAGAUUUGGGAUUCCUGGUGACUGAUAAUCCGACUUUGAUGACACUCGGCAGGUUAAUAAGCCAAAGAAAGGCUACUGUCUUGGACUCAGCCACGUUUGUUUCAACAGAGUUUUGCACUAAAGAGCGAUCGAUACUCAUUACAGCGGGCUUCACUUUCACUCUUUCAAGAGCUUUCAUCAGGCGCGAGAGGUGGGAUAGACGGUAG